AUGUUCUUCGAGCUAUUGUCUGUAGGGCAGAUUAAGUUGGCUGCUGGGUUGCAGAAAACAAGGCUUGGUUGGAUCGUUACAGGAGGUGGAUCUUCUACUCUCAAGGCAACUGCAUUACACGGCCAAGCUGUGCACCGUGAAUUGGUUGCUAUUGAAGUUCAUAUGGAUGAAUUAGUCCGUCGCUUUUGGGAAGUUGAGAGCUGUGGUGAAGGCGUGGUCACAGCCACCAAAGAAGAACUGGAGUGCGAAGCUCAUUUCAAGACCAACUUUCGUCGUUUAGACUCUGGUGAAUAUUCCGUACGAUUACCUGCGAAGAACACUCUAGAAUUACUGGGUGAAUCGUACAAUCAAGCUUAUCGUCGAUUUCUCAAUUUGGAGAGCAAGCUAGAGCGCAAGCCAGAAGUCAAGGUCCAAUAUUCGGCAUUCUUUCGUGAAUAUUUGCAUUUGAAGCACAUGUCGGUCGUGCCCAGAAACUUCUUGAGUCUUUGCAAAUAUUUUCUGCCCCACCACUGCAUUUUCAAAGAAGACAGCACCACGACUAAAUUGCGAGUCGUUUUUGAUGGGUCUGCCAAAACGUCAAGUGGAUAUUCGCUGAAGCGAAUUCAACAGAAGCUGUUCAACACGCUGUAA